AGUAAGCCUCCCGGAGGGUAGAGAAACAACUCCCUGUCGGAAGUUACAGUUGACGCUUGGGCAGCCAUAGUUGACAAUGGCAAGAAUUGUUUGCUAGCUUCCUGUCUCCAGGGUGACGUAUUCUUCCUUCGCCCAGCCUCUUCGUUUCCCUGGGCGACGGCGGAGUCGUCUGCGAAGGGAUGCACCCGUGAGUAGGCCUGGAGGAUAAGCCGUCGGUGACCAAACACCCAGUAUUUACGAGUUCAUUCGCAGUCAGGAGCUGCACGCUUGGUUUCGUAGUGAUUACGGUACCUGGACGGCUGAUUACUCACCUACGAGAACUAAAGUGGAGGGCUUCGAAACGCCCUCUCCCCGGAAGUGAUAGCUAGGAAGUGGGAAUCGUCCCCGCGGUCGGCGCCCCCAGGGUGCUCUCUGCACCCAAGUUGCCCAGAGAGUUCCUUCUGUAGGUUUGAGUCAAGAUCUCAGUCAUCCUGAUAAUCCCAAAUUGGAUUCUAAACGCUGCAAGAAAAAGAAUUUUCAGGAAAAAGUGCUAUAUCCAACAGUCUACAUAUGGCAGAAGUGAGGUCAAUGUUCCGGGAAGUUCUUCCAAAACAAGGGCAGUUGUCUGUGGAAGAUGUAACCACAAUGGUGAUGUGUAAACCCAAACUUUUACCCUUAAAAUCUUUGACUCUGGAAAAACUGGAGAAAAUGCAGCAAGCAGCACAAGACACAGUUCGCCAACAGGAAAUGGCAGAAAAAGAAAAUGGCAAAUAAUUCACUGACACCUUAGGAAACACCUACCUUACCUGUUAGAAACUAGAAAGUGUUGUGUAUGCAAAAAGACUUGGUAAUAAAAUGGAUAUUCAUAUAAUUUUAAAACAACCAAGAUGUGAAAUUUAUGAAUUUAAACAAUGGCUUGUAGUGAAAGAACUUUGAAUCAAGUUUUAUGGUAUUCUUUUUAUAAAAUGAUCUUAACCAUUGUAAAACAUUCAUGAUUCCUAGUACUGUUUCCUGUUGCCAUAAACCAAAUACUCUUUUAAACAUUGUAUCUAUACAUGUAUACAAAAUCUAAUUUGAAAAUACAUUCCAGACUUGGCAUAAAGUAUUCUGCACUAAUUAAAAACAAAUGUUUUAACUAUGUACCGUGAUAUGUUUAAUGUUAUCUAGCUGACCAGUAAUGACACCAGGAAUGAUAAGCUCAUUUUUUGAAUAAACUUUAACUUUUAACAAACCUUCA